AUGUGCCUAAAUAUUCUGUUAGAUAAUCGAGUCGCCGGUCUCCGUCCGGAUCAGCAAUGGUUCCCGGUGCACCAACAUCAAGCCAGGCACAAGCGGCAAGACCCCAGCCCAUAUCUACCUGUAUCCUACAUCAUACCAGGAGGGGAAGGGUCAGGGCCCUGGGGCGAGUGGGGAGAAGUCUCCUCUUGCUCUAGGACCUGCGGAGGAGGCGUAGCCAGUCAGAAGAGAAUAUGUCUCGAGCCAGAAUCACAGAAGUCGUGUACUGGCGGCGACACGAAGUACUUCUCAUGCCAGACGCAGGACUGUCCCGCCGGCUCGGGUGACUUCAGAGCCGAGCAGUGUGCGGAGUUCGACGACAAGGAGUUCCAUGGCAACAAGUACAAGACCCAGAACCCUUGCGAGCUAGCUUGUAAGCCGCGCGACGAGCGGUUUUACUUCCGACACAAGCCUCAAGUGGUGGACGGCACGAGGUGUAAUGACGAUUCCUUCGACGUGUGCGUCAACGGAGUCUGCAAGCACGUGGGCUGUGACAUGAUGCUGGGCUCCAGUGCGAGGGAGGAUAAGUGUAGGGUGUGCAGAGGGAACGGCACCAACUGUUUCACCAUGGAGGGAUUUAUUAACUCUCAGGAUCUCUUUCAAGGGUACAACAAUCUCUUAUUCAUUCCUGAAGGCUCCAUGAAUAUUAUUAUCGAGGAAGUGGAACCUUCAAGCAAUUAUUUAGCAUUAAGAGACAAAAACGGCUCGUACUACCUAAACGGCGGCUACAACAUGAACUUCCCGGGCAAAAUCAUCGUCCCUGGUGGCUUCUGCUCUUAUAAUCGGAUAGAACAAGAUUUCCUCUCAUUAGACACCCUCCAUUGCUUGGGACCCACAACAAAACCACUAUAUCUCUAUCUUCUUCUUCAAGACGAAAACGUGGGAAUCAAAUACGAAUUCAGCUUUGCCGUAGAAAAUAACAAUCCCAGCGAAAAGCAGUACAACUGGGUGUAUGAAGAGUAUACGCCGUGCAGCGCCACCUGCGGUGGAGGUUUCCAAACUCGCAACGUGACAUGCAGAUUUAGGGAAGAGCUGGAGGUAGUUGACAACAAUUUAUGUGACGAGGGUCUGAAACCCCCCACGAACCAGUCCUGUAAUCAAGAUCCCUGCCCCGCGCAGUGGGUGGCAGGACCUUGGGGAGACUGCUCCAAGAGGUGUGGCAGCGGAGGAGUCAGGUCUCGGGAGGUCACGUGCCAGAAAGUCAUAGCUAAUGGCAUCGCAUCUAUAGUUCCGGAGAAGGAGUGCUUCGAGUUACUGGGCCCGAAACCUGAGUUAUUCCAAAAGUGUAACGAAGAUGCUGCCUGUCCCGACUGGUUCGUUGGACACUGGAAACCGUGUGACAAACUCUGUGACGAGGGCAAGCAGACGAGACAGGUGGUGUGUCGCCAGAAGAUCAAUGGCCGCGUCACAGUGCUAGCUGACGGGAACUGUACAGACGAGAAGCCAGCGGUUGAGCAGAAGUGUAUGAUACAACCCUGCGAUGGUGUGGACUGGGUCACUUCUGACUGGUCAGAAUGUGACACCUGCACCUCAAACUCACGAACGCGAAAGGUGUUAUGUUUGACGAAACACCAUAUAAGAAUAAAUGAUAGCUUCUGUAGCCAUCACCGACGACCAGUGGAGCAGGAAGAAUGUGUCGGGAACCUCGCGCAGUCUAAGGCGCAGUGGCAUGCUACGGAGUGGAGCAAGUGUUCUGUUGCAAGCGGCGAUAGAGUUCAGACUAGAAAGGUAUUUUGUGGCGUUUACAAGAACGAGAGCCUGGAACAGGUGGAGGACUCAAAUUGUACACACCUUCUAAAGUGUAACGUCGCCAAAUCUUGCUCUGAGUCUGAAGAAGAGUAUCCCUCACAGUGGUUCACUGGACCCUGGUCUUUAUGCAGCGAAUAUUGUGGUGGAGGGGAGCAGUAUAGACGUGUCACCUGUAUGCGAGGGUGGAAGGAAGACUUCAACUGCCCUUUGUCCAAUGUACCAGAUUCUACACAGUUAUGCAACACCCAACCUUGUCUCCCAGAAAUCAUCGAAAUACAGGAUUCAAGCAGCCCUGGUGAAAAGAAGCUACAAUGUAAAGACAGUAAGUUCGGCUGCUGUCCUGAUAACAAAACGGCUGCUGUGGGUCCAUUUGAUGAAGGUUGUCGAAUCCCACGUGAAUGCAGUUAUUCCAUCUUUGGUUGCUGUCCUGACGGUGUGUCCCCCAAGCUGAACGAGACUGAUGAAGGAUGUCCCGUGGAGCCCUGCGCAGACACGCUGUUCGGCUGCUGCCUCUCUGACAACAAGACUGCGGCUCAGGGCAACGACCAAGACAACUGCCCACCACUGUCACCGUCCUGCUUAUCAUCUUUAUUUGGCUCCUGCACUAACAAUGAACCUGAAGUCACUGGAGUAAAAAAAAUGGAUUACCUUGAAAAUAUAACUACUACCACUGAAGGCUCUGGGACCCUUGAAACUAGUGAAGGAAGCACCAACGGAACAGUCACCACGGAGGUCGAUAGCACCACCCUGGACAGUAGCAAUUACAACAGAACUGAAGCCAAAAGACCUAAAGAUCCUGUAAGGACGCCAGCCAGGAUUGUCGGAGGCGAGAAUGUCUUAGUGAUUGGAGAGCUAGGUAGCCCGCUUUCAGUGCUAUGCCUGACGUAUGGGAACCCGCAACCAUAUGUAUUAUGGUAUAAGGGCUAUGACAUAUCAAAUGCACUAUACAAUGAUGAUGUGUACGAAGCAAGAGACAAUGUUCUUCUGAUCAGAAGUCUGGCUAUGGAUACUCUCGGACAGUACACAUGCCAAGCCUACAACGGACAAGGAAAAGCAGCGAUAUGGACCCGGAGGAGGUCGACAGUGACGGUAGCCCCUGCAGCACGUCACCGCACGGUUGCUGCGAGGAUAAUAAGACUGCCGCCGAUGGGCCCAACUACGAAGGAUGCUGCUUGCUGCAAACCUUUGGAUGCUGCCCAGAUAACCGCAAGCCUGCCGAAGGACCACAUCUUGAAGGAUGUGGGUGUCAAUACUCGCUUCACGGAUGCUGCCCUGACAACGUUACCAUCGCUCAGGGAGCCGACAACCAGGGCUGUGGCUGCCAGUAUACGCAGCACGGCUGCUGUCCGGACAGACAUACGGCUGCCUCUGGCCCUGACAACGAAGGCUGUGGCUGCAGCACGUUCCAAUUCGGUUGCUGCCCUGACGGCGUCACCAUCGCCAAGGGACCUGAACAGCAAGGCUGCCACUGCCAGUACUCCUUGUACGGCUGCUGCGGAGACGGCGAGACCCCGGCGACUGGCCCUGACUCUGCAGGCUGCGACUGCUCCACCAGUAAAUACGGCUGCUGCCCUGAUGGAACUACUUUGGCAGCUGGUCCUAAGUUCCUUGGGUGCACUGAUGUACCUGAGAAUAAACAAGCUGCCUGCAGCCUGCCGACAGACCCAGGCUCGUGUCAUAACUUUACGGCGAUGUGGUACUUCGACAUGACGUACGGAGGCUGUUCCCGAUUCUGGUACGGAGGCUGUGAGGGUAACGGUAACC